GAGAGAGAUUAAAACCAGCAACGGUCGCCUGGGAUGAUACGUCCGACGACUCACCUGUGACCGCUUUUGCUUUGGGUUUGAGCUUUCCCCUCCCUCCCUCUUCUCCUCCUGUCCACCUCGAAGAUCCUGAGCGGAAUCUCGGCUGCUGUGUUCGAGAUGUACAUGCCGGUCAUGUUAGCCCGGGCGGUGCUGGAUAGGCUGGAGGAGCCGGUCACCGUGGAGGCUCGGCCGCCGCCGGCGCCGUGCGCGACGCGCUCCACUUGGCACUCCGUGGAGACUCUGGUGGUGGUCCUGGCGGCGAUCACGAUGGCCGCGGUGAUCGCGGGGGUGUUCGCCCGGGCGUGCGGCGGGCGGCAUCUGGUGGGCGGCGGUGACCGCGACGUCGAGGGGUGGGUGGAGCAGAAAUGCAGUAGUUGCCUGGACGGCGGCGUGGCACCGCCACCUCCUCCGAGGUCGGGUGAAGGCAAGAAUUGAGUCGGGUCAGCGGAUUAGAGGAGAAGGAAGAGGAGCUCGUUUGUUUGGGUUUGUUAGUGAGUAGUGGUAUUAUUAGCUCUUAUUCUUUUAGCUUGAGUUGUUCUCUAUCAUAUAUAAUGACUCUGUACAUGUGUUUCUACUACUCCAAAGUGUUUGCUGAAAUGAAGUAUUGGUUUGUCA